UAUAUACUCUUAAUGUAUAUGUCAUUAUCACAUGCAUAUAAACAGAAAAUAGCUAUAUAAUAAGUGGUGUAUCAUCACUGUCUGCCAUUGUUUCUUAAACAAUGGCGUGGUCAAAUUUUCAAUGUACUUUAGCAAUACUUCAAAUAAUUACAGGUUCAUUUAAUACUUUAUCAGUUAAAUAUGCAGAUCAACAAGUUGUACUUGGUGAAGAUGAACAACUUAGAUAUUUCAAUCAUCCUUUUAUGCAAUCAUCAUUUAUGUUUCUUGGAGAAGCUCUUUGUUUUUUAGCAUUUAAAGUCUUUUACUACUAUUAUAAUCGGCGAGGUGAUGGCUCUGUAGAUAAUAACGUCCUCACCAAAGGUUCAAGGAUUUUUAAUCCUUUUAUUUUAAUAGUACCUGCAUUAUGUGAUAUGUUUGCAACAUCCAUAAUGUAUGUUGGUUUGAAUAUGACUUAUGCAAGUAGCUUCCAAAUGUUGCGUGGAUCAGUAAUUGUUUUCACAGGAAUGCUUUCUAUUGGAUUUCUUAAUAGAAAAUUGGGAGUAAGAGAAUGGAUAGGCAUUGGUUUUGUAGUAAUAGGUUUAGUAUUUGUUGGUAUUAGCGAUAUAUUAGUAAUGGAAAACAAUGAUGUCAGUGCAAAUUCUGUAAUCACUGGGGAUUUGCUUAUUAUAUUUGCCCAGAUAAUAACAGCUGUUCAAAUGGUUGUUGAAGAAAAAUACGUGGGACAGCAAGACAUUCCUGCAUUACAAGCAAUUGGAUGGGAAGGUAUCUUUGGAUUUAUUGGUAUUUCUCUAAUAAUAAUCCCUUUCAAUUAUAUUAGCGCGCCACCUCCUUUUGCGGAUAAUUCACGCGGCACACUUGAAGCUACUGUAGAAGCUCUUAUCGAAAUAGGAAGUAAUAGUAAAUUAUUGAUAGCUGUUAUCGGUAUAUCAUUUAGUAUUGCUUUUUUUAAUUUUGCUGGUAUUAGCGUUACUAAGGAAAUGAGUGCUACAACGAGAAUGAUUUUAGACAGUGUUCGUACAAUUGUGAUAUGGAUCUUUUCUUUAGCGUUUCAGUGGCAAGUUUUUCAUUAUAUGCAGCUCAUUGGUUUUAUAAUUCUUUUAAUCGGUAUGGCAUGUUAUAACAAUAUUAUUAUUCCGCAAUUAAUUCGGAAAUAUCGACAUUAUUUGGGACACCAUACAUUAUCAGAAAAUGAAGAUUGUAUUAUUAAUACAGCUGCAGAUGACGUACAAGAAACAAUAUAA